CUCACAUUUUUACACUGAAAUAUACACAGACUCAGUAACUGUUUUCUGAUAUGUUUUAUGAAAUCAAUAAUAACAACUGUAACACCAUUGAUUAAAAGUGUAAAAUGAGAAGUUGGUGACAUUCAUAACUGUACACAUUAAAUGUACCACAAACCCUCAUAGCAACAUAUAUUCUUAAUAUCUAAAGCAUAUUUUAUAUCUAGUUUCUAUGCAGAGCAUCGGCUACUUUGUUUGUUAGAUUGUAUAUCCUUGAUUUUUCAUUACGUGUCGAUGGGUCAUGGUGAGAGAUGGACAGAUUGUGUUUGCGUGAAUAAUAUAUGUUUUAAUUCGAUUUAACAAAUGCAGUUUUCCCCCCUUCUGCGAACAAAGAGAGAAGCGUUAGAUUGCACCAAAUUCACAGCAAAUUUCUUCCUGUGCCCUGGCAUACGCCCAGAGACCAACUCAGAGAAUAAAACCCAAACACCGCCUUUGUUCUUUCUCUUCUCUUAGCUUCUCUUAGCUCUCUCUUCUCUUCCUAUAUGCUCAUCCUUACGUCGCUGCUCUGACGCCUCGUCUCAGUUUUUUUCCUCCGUCUUGAUACAUAUCGCUCUCUAACUUUUUGAUCUCGUGAAUUUUUACUUUGUUUCGGUGCUCUUUUCUUUGUCUCAUUUUUGUUGCCCUUUUAUAAUUUUGCGACAUAUUCAGACACUGCUCACUUUCUUUAUAAGCCUGAGCUUAUAUGCUUUAAUCUUCUUUUUUACGAGCCAAUAAGUUGUGUUGCCAUGGGAACCUACAUGCAUUCAGUUGGUGAUGCAGAGAAAACAUCAGUAUGUUUUUAUCCUUGUUCCUGAUUUGCUUCCCAGUCUGUUUACACUGCUGGUACUGCAGUUGAUGGAAGACAGAUUAGAAAAUGGAUUAUUCUGUUGGUAUUUAUCUGAGAGAAUAUUGAGUCAGUAACAUUAAUUCCACUUUUAUUUGGCCCAAGAAAGAUAAGAGAUUUCCACGUCUCCUUCAUUGCACUUCUUCAAAAUCACAUGGAUAUAAAUGAAGUUGAAAGUUUCAGAGCUCUGAUGUACAGCAGUCACAUUAGGAAUAAGUGGCUUUAUUGAGGAUCACUGAGCAGGAAAACACAUACACUAACUUCCAGCAUAACCAGUUUUCUAGCAGCAUUCCUGUCUUGAAUCACCUGCAGUAGAAUUUUUAUAUUCUCUUUGUUGUCUUUUUCCAUGUCUGUUUUGUGUGCAAGUUGAUUUGUAUGAGUUUUAGGUGACAUUGAAAAGAGCUAAAAGUCAACUAUUGAGUUGAAAUGUGUCCUCUGUGUUGGCUGAUGAACAUAUAGGACACUCUGACACUUGCGUAUAGAGUGGUAUCCUAAUUAAGAUCUGUUUGAUGUCACAGGUGAUUGGCAGGAGGAGGAGAGUCUGACAGAGGAGCAGAGGAACGUUGUCAGCCAUUUUCUCUGAGCUCAACAACGGAGGAAAAAUGGAUUCUUCACAAAAAAAACGUGAAAACAACAAUGGAGUGAGACAUCAGAAAUCUGUGGAGGAAAACAACGGUUCCCCAACAACAACAAACAGAGAUGAAUCACUCAGUUGUGAUCAAUGCGGCAAGACUUUUAUCACAGCAACAAAGCUAAGAAUUCACCAGCGAAUUCACACUAUGGGCAAACAGUUCAGUUGUGAUCAGUGUGGGAAGACUUUUACUUCCAAGAGUAAUUUCACAAAACAUCAACUCAUUCACAGUGGAGUUAGACCAUUCAGUUGUAAUCAGUGUGGGAAGACUUUUACUUCCAAGAGUAAUUUCACAAAACAUCAACUCAUUCACAGUGGAGUUAGAUCAUUCAGCUGUGAUCAGUGUGGGAAGACUUUUACUUCCAAGAGGACAUUAGCAAGACAUCAACUCAUUCACAGUGGAGUUAGACCAUUCACCUGUGAUCAGUGUGGGAAGACUUUUACUCAGAUGUCCAGCCUAAGAAUCCAUCAAGUCAUUCACAGUGGAGUUAGACCAUUCAGCUGUGAUCAGUGUGGGAGGACUUUUACUCAGAUGGGCAACCUAAGAACCCAUCAACUCGUUCACAGUGGAGUUAGAGCAUUCAGCUGUGAUCAGUGUGGGAAGACAUUUACUACCAAGCGUAGUUUAACAAGACACCAAGCCAUCCACAGCAGAGGUGAACCAUCCAACUGUGAUCAGUGUGUGAAAACUGUUACUCGACAUGAACAGUUAUUGAUCCAUAAAUGCCCCCAUUUUGAUAGACAGCUGUACCACUGUGACUACUGUGAAAAAACUUUCAAGCGCCAAGAGAGCCUCAAAUAUCACCAACGCAUCCACACUGGACAUGAUGUGUACGUAUGUGAUCACUGUGGCAAACUAUUUCCAAAGUUCUCACAGUUAAAAGCUCAUGCAGUUACCCACACCAGGGUUAAACUGUACCGCUGUGACCAGUAUGGGAAAGGAUUCAACAACAUUGGAGUCUCUCACCAACGUGACCACACUGAGGACAGACCCUACAGAUGUGACGAGUGUAAUAAGACUUUUAGAACUUUGGCUUCCCUGAAACAACACCAGCAGAUCCACACCAGAAAGAAAGCAUUCAAUCAACGUCACAGUAAGGUAUGUAAAAGUUGUCUCAGCAACAGUGUACACACUAUUCUGCAUUGGAUAUUUUGGAUAUUGUUGUGAAAUUUAGUGUGAUACUGUUUUGAAGAACUGUGGCCAGUCUUGACACAGAAAUCUGGUCCAGGUUAAUCUGGGGAUGUAGGUAAGAUUGGGAAUUCUGAUGUGAUCAGCAUCAGCAUAAACUUGUUCUCACAUUAUGUUGAAAAGACAUCACAAGUAUUUAAUGACUCGCCUUGGAUCGUGAGCCAAAAGUACUUUAUCGAGGCAUCCCUAGUUUAAACCCCUGCAGCCAUUUUCUUUCUACGAGUGUUUCUAUUACAAAGUAAAAAUAAAGCAUCAGCAAGUACAGUGCCUGUAAAUAAUAUUCACCCCACUUAGAAGUUUUUUUUUGCUGUUC